GAUGCAGCAGCGUUUGGAGCCGAAGGGGGCGUCCGCUCAGUGCAUCAACAUCUCUCUCGUCAUCCCGAUCAAGCUUGAACGACUCCCGUUCUUGCAAACAUGCCAAGUGUCGAUCCCAUGACAGGUGUACAAGGAUAAACAUGAUGAGGCGUGACCGGGAGAGGGUCCGAGGUGUUGACGAGUGGUCAAGGGCUGGCCCUCGUGUUCAGCGUGGAAACAUGGAGACCGACCUAGGGCAACCCACCGAGCGAGAGCACAUCAAUCCGUUCACCGAGCUGCCCCACACGGCUCGCUACUACCAGAUCCUCAAAAAGCGGCAGCAGCUCCCUGUGUGGGACUACCGAGAGAAGUUCACACACAUCCUGAUGAAUCACCAGUGUUUUGCCAUUGUAGGAGAGACCGGUUCUGGAAAGACCACACAGAUCCCCCAGUGGUGCGUGGAAACGAUUCAAUCCACGGCAGGAGCCAAGCGGGCGGUUGCCUGCACCCAGCCCAGGCGGGUGGCGGCCAUGAGCGUCGCCCGGAGGGUAGCCGAUGAAAUGGACGUCACGUUGGGCCAAGAAGUGGGCUACUCCAUCCGCUUUGAGGACUGUAGCUCUUCCAAGACCGUGCUCAAAUACUUGACGGAUGGGAUGUUGCUACGGGAGGCCAUGAGCGACCCACGGCUGGAGCACUACGCCGUCAUCGUGCUGGAUGAAGCCCACGAACGCACGCUCGCUACAGACAUCCUCAUGGGCGUCCUCAAGCGGGUGCUCCGACAAAGAGCCGACCUCAAGAUUGUCAUCAUGAGCGCCACGUUGGAUGCCGGCAAGUUCCAGAAGUUCUUUGACGGCUGCCCGUUGCUGUCCAUCCCCGGGCGCACGCACCCCGUUGAGGUUUUCUACACGCCCGAACCCGAGCGAGACUACCUGGAGGCGGCCGUCCGCACGGUGGUCCAGAUCCACAUGUGCGAACAGGACCCAGGGGAUAUUUUGCUGUUCCUUACUGGGCAAGAGGAAAUCGAGGAAGCUUGCAAGCGCAUCGAGGCGGAGGUCAACGACCUGGGGCCUGACGCCGGCGAGGUAAAAAUCAUCCCCCUGUACUCCACGUUGCCGUCGCUGCAGCAGCAGCGGAUCUUCGAGCCGCCUCCUGCCAAUAAACCCAACGGCGCCUUCGGAAGGAAGGUCAUCGUGUCAACAAACAUCGCCGAGACGUCCGUCACCAUCGACGGUGUCGUGUUUGUGAUCGAUCCUGGAUUUGCCAAGGAAAAGAUGUACAACCCUCGCAUCCGAGUGGAGUCACUUCUGGUGACGGCCAUUAGCAAAUCGUCGGCGCAACAGAGGAUGGGCCGAGCCGGACGCACGCGUCCCGGGAAGUGCUUCCGCCUAUACACGGAAAAAACCUACAGGACAGAAAUGCAGGACAACGCCUACCCAGAGAUCCUCAGGUCCAAUCUGGGCUCCACGGUGCUGCAGCUGAAGAAGUUGGGAAUUGACGACCUGGUGCAUUUUGACUUCAUGGAUCCACCAGCUCCCGAGACCCUGAUGCGAGCCCUCGAGCUGCUCAACCACUUGGAGGCGCUGGACGAUGACGGCGACCUGACGGAUCUCGGCGCCAUGAUGGCCGAAUUCCCGCUGGAUCCGCAGCUGGCCAAGAUGGUGGUCGCCAGCUGCGAGUCGGGUUGCUCGGACGAGGCGCUUUCCAUCACCGCCAUGCUGUCAGUCCCACAGUGCUUCUUGCGACCCCCCGCGGCCAAAAAGGCGGCCGACGACGCCAAGAUGCGUCUGGCUCACCCGGACGGAGACCACCUGACUCUUCUCAACGUCUACCUCGCCUUCCAGCAAAGCCACCGAUCGUCGCAGUGGUGCUACGACAACUUUGUCAGCUAUCGCUCGCUGAUGGCGGCGGACAGCGCGCGCCUCCAGCUAGGCCGGAUCACCGAGCGCUUGGGCUUGCCCCGGCGGAGCUGCGAAGGGGACGACGUCCACGUCCGCCGCGCGCUACUUACCGGCUUCUUCAUGCAGGUUGCUCACUUGGAGCGCAGCGGUCACUAUUUGACAGUGAAGGACAAGCAGGUGGUCCAACUUCACCCGUCCAGCGCUCUGGGCCAAAAGCCCGAGUGGCUCCUCUACGGCGAGUAUGUGCUCACCGCCAAGAACUACAUCCGCAUGUGCAGCCGCAUCCACCCGCAGUGGCUUCUGGAAAUCGCCCCGCGCUACUACGAGAUGAGCAACUUCCCGCCGAGCGAAGCCAAGAGACAGUUGCAGCGCAUCAACAGCCAGCUCUCAUCCAAGCAAUUGUGAAGAAAAGAAACUCCAGAUUGACUUUCAUCCGGUACAGUUCCCAUCUCGUCAGGUCUCGCAUCCGCCGCUCAUCUAUUUUGAGAAUUGGAUUGCUGUCACAUGUACUCCUCUUCCACGUAAUAAACAUGAAUUUUGGUAUAAAACAA